CUCUCCCCGCUACUGCGCGGCGUCCUUGGGAUGGCGCGCAGGCGCAGAGCGGUGCGCAGGCGCGUUGAGGUGAGGCGCGAUGGCAGGUGUCGGAGCCAGGCAGUUGCCUGUGAUGGGGUGGCCGGCGCUGCUGCUCCUCGCGCUGUGCACCGCGGGCGCCCAGGGGCUCUACUUUCACAUCGGCGAGACCGAGAAGCGCUGCUUCAUCGAGGAAAUCCCCGACGAAACCAUGGUCAUCGGCAAGUAUCGCACCCAGAUGUGGGAUAAGCAGAAGGAGGUCUUUCUGCCCUCAACCCCUGGCUUGGGCAUGCAUGUGGAAGUGAAGGACCCUGACAGCAAGGUGGUGCUGUCCCGGCAGUACGGCUCUGAGGGCCGCUUCACGUUUACCUCCCACACGCCUGGUGACCAUCAGAUCUGCCUGCACUCCAACUCUACCAAGAUCGCUCUCUUUGCUGGUGGCAAACUGCGUGUGCACCUGGACAUUCAGGUUGGGGAGCACACCAACAACUACCCUGAGAUUGCUGCUAAGGAUAAGCUGACUGAGCUGCAGCUCCGUGCCCGCCAGUUGCUUGAUCAAGUAGAACAGAUUCAGAAGGAGCAAGAUUACCAAAGGUAUCGUGAAGAACGCUUCCGACUGACCAGCGAGAGCACCAACCAGAGGGUCCUGUGGUGGUCCAUUGCUCAGACCGUCAUCCUCAUCCUCACUGGCAUCUGGCAGACGCGUCACCUCAAGAGCUUCUUUGAGGCCAAGAAGCUGGUGUAGUGCCCUCUCCAUAUGACUCUUCCUUUUCACCUCAUUUAUUUGGUACUUUCCCCACCCAAUCCCUUAUCCACCUGGAUUUUGAGGGAAAAAAUGAAAAAGAAUAUAAGUCACGUUGGUUCCAUGGCAACAAACCAUUCAGAUCAGCCACUUGUUAACUCUGGUUCUCAAGGAAACAGGACAUUGAUCCAAGCUUUCAAAAUCUUUCUUAGGACUCGUGAGGGGCCGCAACUAACCCAGGACUAAGUCUGGCUUCUUUUGUCUCCAGUGAUUCCCCUCUGUCCUAUCACAAAAUGAGCAAAUGAAAAAUCUGUCC